UUAACACGUUGCUAAGAAACACCAGACGGUUUACAGACAUGUCUCCUCUGCCUUCUCAGCAAAAUGGCUAAUGUCGGUUUCCUUUUUGCGUCUAUUUCUGGAUGGACAACAUUUAUAAUAUUAUUCAUUUCCUUAGCCUGCCCUCAGAAAAUUGUUGUUUUUCAGCCUUCCUUUCUCAUCUCAAGCGGACCAAAAGUCACCUCAUUUCUGCUCGGAAAAACAUCAGGGAUGUCAUUGCAUCUGAGGACGGUUUCUGUUUCCAACUCCACAGGAAGCAUAGAUCCAUCAUGUGUAGCAGAAGCAACACGGUGGACACUCGCCACUGAACAGAUGGGAAAGAGUGCACUUCGAGUUCAUCUGACUUUAAAUCACAGCCUGCGUUUGUGUGGUGAUAAUGAAACAGACGCUGACUGCUGUGCAAAACCGCUGUGUGUCCUGGAAACCCUUCAGGUGUCAGCCUGCAUUGGAAGCACACCACAGGCAUCAUUGCUGAUCCAAGCCACCACAAACGCCCGGUUGUUUCCUUCUAAUGCAGGAUAUGAAAACAAAACAGUAUUUCCUAACCAAGUGUACCAACCGCUUGGUGCUUGUCCAUGUGACCUGACAUCCGGGACGUGUGACCCUCGCUGCUGUUGUGACAAGGACUGUUCCAGUGAAGAUCUCAAGCUUUUUGAAUCCCACUGUCUCCCAGGACCCUUUGGAGGACAAGUCUCCCCUGCUCCAGAUUACCAGUGCUCUAUGCAAUCUGCUGAAAACUCCCCAGACUGGUUUCCAUUUUUAUGUGUCACUUCUCCGGCUGAAAAUAACCCCUACCUGGGUCUCUUCUACCAAGGAGACACAAUUGCUCCCAGGCCAGGCCCGUCCUUCCAGAUGCCUGCUCUCUCUGCUCCAGUGCCAGUUAGUAUAUAUGUUCAGGGAAGUCCUAUUAUCACAUCGGAUAACAAGUACUUCACUGUGCCACAGAUGGUCCUGGGAAGGUGCAUAAACGGCGCUCCUGUUGCCUUUUUGCAAAACUUUAAACUGGAGUGUGUGACGCUGAUCCACUCAUGUCCAACCGGUCCUCCCCUAAAAAUGCUGGAAAAAGAUUUGAGCCCUGACGUGCUAAAUGGACAAGGAGGUGUUGUGAAGGUGAAUUUAACUGAUGAAGAGGCCCCUGAUCUGAGUCUCUUCCUUUCAAGUGGUCAAGUUGAUUUUACAUCUGAAACGCUGGUGUGUGAAAACGUGACCUUAGCUCUGGAUUACAAGUUCUACUGGAAAGGAAAUGGCAUCACCAGUAUUUCACUAACACGCACUGUUGGGACAGUCGUCUUAAAUGGAAGUUUGGCUGUAACUACUAGAUACUCUGCCGUGUUUCUAAAUGGAGAAUCUGCGGCUGAGCCCAAUUCAGGAAACCCAGGUUAUCAAGUGGGACGGCCUCUAAUUGCUGGUGUUUUGGAUAACAAUACAGAAUUAAUACAGAAGACAUUGAUUAAUAGUUGGAAACCAGCAGGUGAUGGACUUUGUUCCAGCGCCGUCACGAAGCCGGUUCUGUUUGGGGAGAACUCAACUUCAGGUUGCUUGCUGCCACUGCGGCAACUAAAUGUGACGCAGUGUGAUCUCCUGAGAGAAACUGUUGCUGAUCUGCAGGCAGCUCUGACCACAGCAACAUAUGUUGCACGGCGUGGUAACCCAGACAUUACAACCAUGACAGAUUGGCUGAACAUCAGCUUCGUGACACUGAACUCAAGCACAGCGACUGGAGCCACUGCAGGCAUCUGCAGUGAUAUUCCCUCCCACAAACACAUCAGUGUUUGGAGCCUUACCACCAGCCUGGUAGAUGGAAUACCCCAAAAGGAAAUCCAAGCUUUGGAAGUCCGUUAUAGCAUGUCCACUUGGGCACUAGGUUGCGAAGGGGGCGACUCCUCUUUGUGUGAGAACCCAGAAGAAAAUCAAUUGUUCCCAGUCACCUCCUCAGUCACUUUUAUUGACAUUCCUUUUAAUACUGGACCACCUAAAAACAGGUUUCAAAUUAACUUCACAGAAUAUGACUGCAACAGGAACGAUGUGUGUUGGCCAGAGCUGGCCUUUCCCUUCACCAGAUAUUAUACAGGUAAGGAUUUAGCUACCGGUAAUCAUAAUGUGGAGGUUUACUUUCCUUCUGUAGAUCAUUCCUUAUAA